AUAUAAUAAUUCUUUCUCUUGUGUACUUGUCAGCCGCAUAACCUAAAAAGAAAAUCUACGUUUCUGCUACCUUAUCAAAAGGUCCAAUGGCGGUGGAUGAUGAUUCUAAUAACAGUAAUACAGUCAAGUGUAUUUGCAGUGAUAAGAAGGCUGUAGAAGUUGAUCGCAAGACAUGGGAGUUGUUCAAUAAGAUGGUUCCAAUGGAAGGAUUCCAUAGGAUACCUGAGCCGGUGGAGAUGUACUUCGUGAGAAGCACAGCCUUCAAGAAGAUUUUAACAUACUGCGUGAGGAUCAGUGAUGGCACUUGCUCGGAGAGGUGGAUGUAUGACGAGCUCCUACACGGCGAAAGCUUGAUCGGUCUCUUCCACCUUGUCGGGACGGCUGAUUUUCUGAAUUUUGAGUCACUGGACGCUUUUAUCCUCCACUAUGUGGAAGACAAAUCAGAAGAAGAGAUAUCUUAUAUGGUACGCAAUGAAGAACUCAAGUCUCUCCUCAAAAUUAUCAAGUUUGCUCGUUUUUAUCUGAAAAAUCCCGAGAAGCUGUUCUCUGCGGUGCUCCCCCUUGUAAAGAAACCACAAGAAGAGUUCUCCCAGAUGAUUGUCAACAAAGAUUUGCCUAGUUUGAUCAAGUUGAUCAAGGUGGCUGAGUACAUUGGUUAUGAGAAUGUGCGCAAAGCUGCACGCAACCAUAUCCUCUCUAAGUCAAGUAACCAACUUUCCCAUGAAAUCCAUAGCCAAAACCUCAAGUCUCUCAUCAAAAUUUUCAAGGUGGCCAAAGCUGAGAAACUUCAGCCACUCCAAGACAUGGUGGUCCAAUAUGUCGACUCGAAAUCAAAAAAGGAACUGGUCCAGAUGGUUAGCACCGAAUUAUCUUGCAGAAGGUUCGACUUGUUGAACGAGUCCGAGUAUCUGCGUAGGGGCACUAUUGGAUCAGAAGAACUCUUUCGCGCCAUCUACACAUUUAUCCCAGACAAAGAAGCAGACGAAGGAGAAGAAGCAGAAGAAGAAGAAGAAGAAGAAGAGGACGAAGAAGAAGAGGACGAGGAAGACGACGACGACGAUACGUUGAUGAAUCAAAUUUCCAUCGAUGAAGCUACCUAUCAAGUUCCCAUAUAUGACGGCGGUAGCAAGAAGAAGGAAGAAUGCAAAACCAAGACUAGCAAGUUGAAGUUGGUACCAUGCAUAAGUAAGAAGCCAAGGACAACAAAGUUUAACUUGAAGAAGGAUCUCUCUGAUAUUUAAUCUCAUUAUUUAUGAUCCUUCAUUUUAACUUAAAUGUCCUUUCUAGAAAGAAAAAUAAA